ACACCUCCUAUUUCCAGCUGUAGCUCUUGUUGAUAAAACACAGGAAGAGAGUGACAGCGAGUAAAGGAAAACCAGUGACCUCCGCCUUGUAUGUAUGGUACAGGCAAGGGCAACUCAUGCUGAAAGCUGGGUAAUGGAUCAAGGAGCGACGGUGGGGCCAUCCGGCCAAGCAGCUGGGGGGCUGCAUCUGCCCAUGAGCGAUAAGGAACAGAAGUGCUACUCUGAGCUUUUUUCCAUGUGCCAAGCUGAGGGAUCUGCGAGACUGGCAGCAGGGAGCAACAAAGUGGGUGAGCUGUUUAGGGCGUCUAAGCUCCCUGCAGAUACCUUACACCAGAUUACAGAGCUGUGUGGAGCUAAACAUGUAGGUUACUUUGGGCCAGCUCAGUUUUUUGUUGCUUUGAAGUUAAUUGCAGUGGCACAAACUGGACUCCCAGUCUGCUUGGAAAGUAUCAAAAGUGAAUUGCCACUUCCUCAUUUUAUCUUUAUGAAGUCCUUAAGUGACAGUGACCUAAAACAUGGAGCAGCCACAGUGACUUCUGAAACACAAGGGCUAAACUCCGCAACAAAGGAUAAGAGUUAUUUUAAAAGCAGCGACGAAGGAGAAAAACAGUCAGAUGCAAAGACCCUUGUAUCACCUAAAAAAUCUCCCCCAGUAUCACCGCAAAAUUAUGGACACAGCCUGUUGCAAAGCAGAAGUGACCAUCAUAAUUCUGCAGCAGCAUACGAGACUAGACAACCUUCACUACUUCAGCAGGAUGGACACUUGCCACUGAACUAUGGAAACCAGCCUGCACCUCUGCAGCUUUCACUUAGCAGGCUUUCACUCUCAGUUGAAAGAGAAUCACUUGAUGAUCCUAGUAAUUACUCUGAGGACCCCUGGAGGAUAACGGAGGAACAGCGAGAGUAUUACACUAACCAGUUCAUAACUCUUCAGCCUGACCUAAAAUCAUUAAUUUCUGGAUCUGUAGCAAAGAACUUUUUCACCAAAUCAAAGCUGCCUAUUUCAGAGCUCUCACAUAUAUGGGAUCUUAGUGAUGUAGACUGUGAUGGAGCCCUAACACUGACUGAAUUUAGUGCUGCUUUUCACCUCAUUGUUGCAAGGAAGAAUGGCUAUGAGGUGCCAGAUACACUGCCCCGGACUUUGUUGGCAGAAAUUAUUCAAACAGGUUCAUUAAAGCCAAUUUCUGGUGAUGCAUACGAGGGCUGUCGUGGAACAAGCACAGUUUGCCAGAGCAGAAAAGAGCUAGAAACUGUCUGCGAGGACCCUGCAACAUCAGAACCGCUGAUUUUGUUUGACGAGGAAACUAGUGCUACUGAGCCUUCAUCUGCAGCAGCAGCACCACAAGAUCAGAAUGAAGUGAAACAAGAUUCAGCUGAGAAUGAUAAACAAGGCUCAAAACUAAGUUUCCCUUUAGUAGAGGUCAAAUCCUUCAAGACUUUUAAAUCCAGUGUCCAUCAGGAAUCCUACACACUUAAAACAAGGCCAAGAUCCAGAUCUUAUUCAAAUACAUCUAUAGAAGAAACAAUGAAGAAAGUUGAAGAUCCCCCUACACCACCUCCAAGGCCUCAGAAGACACAUUCAAGAGCUUCUUCCUUGGAUCUGAAUAGGAUAAUUCAGCAGAAUUCUCCAGCUGCUCGAGCUGGCUGGAUUCCACCUCCUGCUUUACCACCACGACCUUGUAUAUCACAGAAUCCACAUCAUUCCUCUAACACAGACCAAAAAAUGCCAAUCCAACAACCCAAUUUUGCAGACUUCAGGUCACAAGAACAGAGGGAGCGGGUAGCAGAGAUUGAGUUACAUCCCCAGACGAAUAAAAUGCUGCCGCAGACAGAGGAGAGCAGCCCUGCCAAAAAAGAAAUCUUGCUUAACCAGCCUCCAAUGAAACCAUUAAGACGCAAAUUUCUCACGGAAAGUCAAGUACUGGAAAACCAUGAGUUGUCAUCUGCGUCCAGUGUGACCUCAUCUGUUACAUCACUCAAGUCUCAUCCUUCAGUUCAAAAGCAGCCUUCCAAAAGGAAGAAAGCUAUCCAGACAGCCAUCCGCAAAAACAAAGAGGCCAAUGCUGUGCUUGCCAGGUUAAAUAGUGAACUGCAGCAACAACUGAAGGAAGUUCACCAGGAGAGAAUUGCCUUGGAAACCCAACUUGAACAGCUCCGUCCUGUUACAGUCUUAUGACCAUCAAAGAGCUUGCACAAAGCAAUAGAAACACUUGUAAAGGAGAGCUAAAUGUGCACAUAUUUAAGCACCUUUGUUGCUAUUUCUGUGUCAUGGUGCUGUAAGGCCUUUGCAUUAUAGACUUUUGUGUUGUUUAAUAGCAGUGGUAGAAAUUAAGUCUUCAUGCCUGUUUGCAAUGAAGGUGUACAUACUAGAAAACAUGCUGGCAGUUGCAGCAGGCUGCAACUUUUUUAUUUUCCAGAGCAGUUUCUUUUCACUGCUGAGUUCAGUGCAGUCAGGUCAUCAUGAAUUCACUGUCACACAAAAGUCUGUUGUGUGAACAAGCCUUAACAUCAACAACAGUGUAAUGAAAAUUGUUUUUAUUUUCUCUUGCUUGUAUAAAGAGAGCAAAAACAGUGUUAUAGUUAAUGUCCUUCUUUCUAUAGUACACUGACCAUAUUUUGGCUGAAAGGCACAAUAUUCUUUUUUUUCUGUAUUGGUAACAUGCAUUUACAUAAAGAAGCCAAGUAAGACUGAGAAGCAGCUUUGGUUGACACCCAUCCUUCAGAAUAAUAAACAGCAUUUGGGUCCUGGGUGAUGUUUGACAUCUGAUUCCUGGCAGGGGAAAUGGUGGAGAUAGCAUUUCUAUUUUUAUUCUUGAGAUCUGCUUGAUAGUUGCAAUUUAUAAAUGGUGCUUUCCCCACCAUUGUGUAUAAUAUUAUUUGCAGUUUUCCACCUCAGACUUCACUGUAGUGGAAAAGAUAGAGUUUUUAGAAGGUUUAUUAAGCACAUUACACUGCAUUUUUCUCAGUAGAGGAACAGCAGAUUAUUCGUAUUUACCAAGGGCUACUUGUUAGAGUGCUUCAUCUGUUAUUCUACCAGUUUUGUGUUUUUAGACUGAUUAGAAGACCGCUGGAUGUAUUUCUCUAGAACUCCUUUAAAAAGGGAGGUCUGCACAAUCAGUUAUAGACCUUUAUUAAUCUGCUUUGAGCAAAGAUUAUGAUUAACAUUUAUUUAGAGUGUCAACAUAUUCUUUGCUGGACCAUUACUUCUGGUGGACACAACCAGUAUGACAAACAGAAAAAAGACAAUUACAAACAAUGAGACAAACAUACAUGGAGGCAUGUGGACAGCAGGCCCUACCUUUGAUAGUUUACAGUCUAGGGGCUGAGGUACAGUACUCAUAUGUGGCAGCAUUGCACAGUAGUCAAGGGUUAUGCUAAAACUGACAGUGGAAAUGCUGAAGUCAGCAAGAAUGAUAUAGGGAAUAGCAGAAGGCAGGGAGUAGGGGAACCUUACAGUGAACUUGUCCAGGUAAUAAAAUACUAGACAUGGGCAGAGAGUGGUAAGAAGGGUGGAACUGAGCAGACUUCAAAAAAAGACAAUGAAAGUGACCUUUGAUUGGGUAACUUGUAGGUCUUCCUGUAUUAGAUGAUGGUGUCAUGAACACCAAGCUAAUACCAAUGGCAAAUCUCUGGAUGCACAGAUACAGGAGGGCUAUGGUUUGACAAGCCAGAUGUUAUUGGUCGUGUGGCCCUCUAGUCUUUGAACUAAACUCCCUAUGCAUCUUGGGGUUUUUGGGAGUACUUUGGCUUUUUACCAACAAAGAUGGGCAUCCACCCUGCUAUCUACACUAAUUCAUUACAUAUCCUCCUUUUUUUCCUCAGCCAUUGCCGCUUAAAGUAUUGGGAUUUAUUUUUCAUGUCUAUUAAUAAUGUUAUGGAUGAAUUUCAUGUGCAAGUUAUGAUGCAGUUCCUUUAAUGUCUAUGAAUGUUGCAUUAUUGCAAUGCACAUCUGUUUGUUUUAUAUAUCUUAAACCAACCUACACAGAAGGGAACUUUAGAUUUAUAUAAAGAUUUGCAAUAAGCUAUGUGAUAUUCAUACCCAUUUUAUUGUAUUAUUAUUUAUCCACACAAAACCAUACCAAUAAAGACUAUUAUUUAAA